AGACAUUUCUUUAUGUUUCUUGGAUUUGAAUUUGAGGAGAGAGAAAGGGAGAAAAAGACGAAAUGGGAGAGGGAUUUGCCUGAUUAAAUUCUCUCUUCUUCUCUCUUCUUUCUCUGGGAUGUUAUUACAACGAGACGAGAAGAGGAGGGACAGAAACAAAAUCAUUCUCCCCACGUUAAUUUUGCAUGUCUCUCUUCUUCUCUCUUCUUGAAGCUUCAUUGAAGAAGACGAUUGGGGAAGUCUGAAACUUGAAAGAGAAGGGAGAAAGGGCAUCUAAAAAUGAAUGUAAUGCGUCGUCUCAAGAGCGUUGCAUCCGGUCGCUCUUCAGUAUCAGAUCCAGGAGGGGAUUCAAGCUUAAAGAGAGUGAAAGUUGAACAAGAUUCUAAUCAAAGGACUGCUGGUGAACCUGAGGUUGAAGAACAAGGCUUUACUGUUUCUACAUCUCAGGAAGAAGUCAUCUCCACUGGUACCUCAUCUAUGGAACCAAGACCUGCGCGGUCAGGAUAUGAUGAGCUUCCGAAAGAAAUGCUUGAAAUGAAAAUCAAUGAUGACAAGUCUGAUAAUCAGAACAGACUGAAGGAUAUGGAACCUUCCGUUGUUAGAGGUAAUGGGACAGAAGCAGGCCAGAUAAUUGUCACUACUGUAGGCGGUGGUAGCGGUCAACAAAAACAAGCAUUGUCCUAUAUGGCGGAGCGUGUGGUUGGCACUGGUUCUUUUGGAGUUGUUUUCCAGGCGAAAUGCCUUGAAACUGGUGAAGCUGUUGCAAUUAAAAAGGUGCUGCAGGACAGAAGAUACAAGAACAGGGAACUCCAGAUCAUACGCAUGCUUGAGCAUCCCAAUGUUGUUCAAUUAAAGCAUUGUUUUCAUUCAACAACUGAGAAUAAUGAUGUGUACCUUAACCUUGUCUUGGAGUACGUGCCUGAAACUGUUCAUCGGGUGUCUAGACACUAUAAUAGAAUGAAUCAACACAUACCUGUUCUAUAUGUCCAACUCUAUACAUACCAGAUUUGCCGUGCUUUAAAUUACAUUCAUAAUGUGAUUGGUGUGUGUCACCGCGACAUUAAACCGCAAAAUCUAUUGGUUGAUCCUCAUACUCACCAGCUAAAGAUUUGUGAUUUUGGGAGUGCAAAGAUGUUGGUGCCUGGGGAGCCAAAUAUAUCAUAUAUUUGUUCUCGCUACUAUAGAGCACCAGAAUUGAUUUUCGGAGCAACAGAGUAUACUACUGCAAUCGAUAUGUGGUCUGUCGGUUGCGUUAUGGCUGAACUACUUCUUGGAAAUCCUUUAUUUCCUGGUGAAAGUGGGGUUGAUCAACUAGUUGAGAUCAUUAAGAUCCUAGGGACACCAACCAGGGAGGAGAUUAGGUGCAUGAAUCCAAACUACACAGAGUUCAAGUUUCCUCAGAUCAAAGCUCAUCCCUGGCACAAGGUUUUCCAUAAAAGAAUGCCACCCGAGGCAGUUGAUCUAGUUUCCAGACUGCUACAGUACUCACCCACACUGCGCUGUACUGCUUUGGAAGCUUGUGCACACCCAUUCUUUGAUGCUUUAAAGGACCCAAACACAUGCUUGCCAAAUGGGAGACCUCUACCCCCUUUAUUUAACUUUACUCCCCAAGAGCUUGCUGGUGCGCCUGCCGAACUGCGAAACCGCCUUAUUACUGAGCAUUUGAGGAAAUGAUCGGUUCAAGGGACGGUAAACCCCCUCCUUGCCAUAUUGUGAGGUUAGGCUGCCGGCAUGAUCAGUGAGUGAGUGAGUGCUAUUUUGCGAGUCUUGUCAGAGAGAAGGGAAUGUGACAAGUCAAGUUGAUCCAUCAAAGUGAUUUCUACUUUUUUUUUGUUAAAUUAUUUGGUAUGGACAAUGCUGGCAAGACUUUCAGGCAGUGACACAUUCUUGUAUUUAUUUGUUCUUCCACUUCCCAUGCAAUAUACUAUGUAAUUAUCAUCAUCAUCAUCAAUACCAACAAGUCUUAGAUGUAAUUUUGAUUGCCUUAGUUUUCAUCUCAUAGGCAUGUGAAGUCUUCAUUAGCUUGUUAAAUCAACUCAUUCAUUCUUUGAAUGGAAUGAACUAAUUCCUCUCUGGAUCAAAUUUUGUUAACUUCCACUUGUCAUCAAUGUACUAAAGUGCUCCAUUCCCCUGGGCGG